CCAGUGGCGGCAAAUCCAAAAGGACAGCGUAUCGAUAACUCGCUGCGCUUCAUAAAUAUUUCUGUUCCUCCAUCAUCAUCCUCCCUCCUCAACACCACCACCACUUCCUUUCUACCACUUCUCCUUUCCUUGGGCGUCUUCAGCCAUGGCGCGACACGGUUCAAGAGCGUCUUCUGCUUUCCAGUGGACUACCGUCUUCUAUCUCCUCCUGAUUUUUAUUUGUCCUUUGGCUCUGAUCGGCUCAGUACAUGCCCAAGAUCAAGCUCCCUUAAACGACUCAGACUCCAACUAUGGCACCGUCAUCGGUAUCGAUCUGGGCACCACUUACUCCUGCGUCGGUGUGAUGCAGCACGGAAAAGUCGAAAUUAUUGUCAACGACCAAGGAAACCGAAUCACCCCCUCAUACGUGGCCUUUACCGACGAAGAGCGGUUAGUAGGCGACGCAGCAAAGAAUCAAUACGCUGCGAAUCCUACGAGAACAAUCUUUGAUAUAAAACGUUUAAUCGGUCGCAAGUUCGACGACAAAGAUGUCCAACGAGACGCGAAGCACUUCCCCUUCAAGGUCGUUCCCAAAGAUGGCAAACCUAUGGUCACAGUCGAGGUUGCUGGUAAACCCAAGACAUUCACUCCCGAAGAAAUUUCCGCCAUGGUAUUGGGCAAGAUGAAGGAAGUCGCAGAAGCAUACUUGGGCAAGAAAGUUACCCAUGCCGUUGUCACGGUGCCGGCCUACUUCAACGAUGCCCAGAGACAAGCAACAAAAGACGCUGGGACGAUCGCUGGUCUGACGGUUCUCCGUGUGGUCAAUGAACCAACGGCUGCUGCCAUCGCCUACGGACUCGACAAGAAGGGCAAAGAGAGCCAAAUCAUCGUCUACGAUCUUGGUGGCGGUACUUUCGAUGUCUCCCUCCUUUCAAUUGAAGAUGGCGUUUUCGAGGUCUUGGCCACUGCCGGUGAUACUCAUCUCGGUGGUGAAGAUUUCGAUCAACGAGUUAUUGAUUACUUCGUCAAGCUCUACAACAAAAAGAACGAUGUCGACAUCCGGAAGGAUCUCAAGACGAUGGGUAAGCUGAAGCGAGAAGUCGAGAGAGCCAAGCGGACCCUGUCUUCCCAAAUGUCCACCCGCAUCGAAAUUGAAGCCUUCCACGACGGAAAGGACUUCUCCGAGACCUUGACCCGAGCUAAAUUCGAAGAGCUCAACAUGGACUUGUUCAAGAAGACACUCAAGCCGGUCGAGCAGGUCUUGAAGGAUGCCAAGGUCAAGAAGGUUGACAUCGACGACAUUGUCCUCAUUGGUGGUUCUACUCGUAUCCCCAAAGUUCAGUCCAUGAUCGAGGAGUACUUUGGUGGCAAGAAAGCCAGCAAGGGUAUCAAUCCCGACGAAGCUGUGGCUUAUGGUGCAGCUGUUCAGGGUGGCAUUCUCUCAGGCGAGGCCGGUACGGACGACAUUGUCCUGAUGGAUGUUAACCCGCUUACCCUCGGCAUUGAAACCACUGGAGGCGUCAUGACCAAGUUGAUCCCGAGAAACACUGUUGUUCCUACCAAGAAAUCACAGAUCUUCUCUACGGCGGCCGAUAACCAACCAGUCGUUCUGAUUCAAGUUUACGAAGGUGAACGAUCCCUUACCAAGGACAACAACCUCCUCGGCAAGUUCGAGCUGACUGGUAUUCCUCCGGCGCCUCGUGGUGUGCCACAAAUUGAAGUCUCAUUCGAGCUCGACGCCAACGGCAUUCUCAAGGUCUCGGCUGGCGACAAGGGCACCGGCAAGUCGGAAUCCAUCACCAUUACCAACGACAAGGGACGCCUGUCACCCGAAGAAAUCGAACGAAUGGUGGCCGAGGCCGAGCAAUUCGCCGAAGAGGAUAAAGUGGUCCGAGAAAAGAUUGAAGCCAGAAACAAACUCGAAAACUACGCCGUCUCCUUGAAGAACCAGGCCAACGACGAAGAAGGUCUUGGUGGCAAGAUCGACGACGACGACAAGGAGACUCUGUUGGAAGCCGUCAAGGAGACCCAGGAUUGGCUCAGUGAGAAUGCCGAUUCAGCAGAGAAGGAUGACUUUGAUGAACAAUACGAGAAAUUGUCACAGGUCGCAUAUCCCAUCUCCAGCAAACUGUACGGCAGCGGCGGCGGUGCAGGAGGCAUGCCGGACUACGGAGACGAUGAUGACGAUAUGGGCCAUGAUGAAUUGUGAGCUGGGUCGGAUCGUCCUCAGCUGGGUCUGGCAUGAUUCCUUUAUGAUACCUGUAGCAGCAUUUAGACGUGCUCGACUGGGGAUGGUCGAGUAUGCGAGGCGUUUUUCCAUUGUCUUUUACGUCCAAUACUGGAGAGGUUUAGAUACCACAAAACGCAGAUUUCAAAAGCUUCA